AUGGCUCGCUCUUCUCACUGGGGAGAAGACUCCCCCACGGCUGGCCGUUCCCCGGCUGCUUCAGCCUCUGAAUUCACCAUCUCCUCCCACCACCGCCAUGAUUCGCGCGAAAUUCACUCCUCCCACAACUAUUCACAGCACGACCUAGACCUGGACUACCAAUACCAUCAGCAGCCGCACCAGGACGAGGACUAUGGUUACCAUCAGGACCGAAGCUAUCACUAUCAGCAGCAUCAGCCCCAGCACCAACAAGAACAAGAACAACAACAACCUCAGCAGCUCCAGCCUUAUUACCAACAGCCUUACUACCCUAGGGAUUACGAGGGCUACUGGGCCGAUUCUGAACCCUACGACAAGAGAUAUUACCUCAAUCACAAGCCACUGCCCGAUCCUCCCCUGAGACCGCUGAAGAACCCUCGCAGGCUCGCCAAGCGAGAAGGCUCGAGCCACUCUGUCGGGCCUCGAGAUAGCUUCGACGUCGCAAUGGAGAACUUAAACGCCGGGGGUUCCUCGCGAUCCGAUCUCGACCUCGCGGCACACGGCGCCCUCUUUGCCAAAGACGGACUCUCAACACCUAGUGGAUCUUCACGACGAGAGGGCAGCAUUUCAAAGCUUCCCCUUCCCUCCCCCUCCGACGCUCUUGCCGAGACUCUCCGUGGAGCUGGGGUAGGGCGCCUAGAUUCUCCUGCAUUGGGGGGCAAAGGACUGAGAGGUCCUCCUCCUCCUGGCGGCGGUGGUCCUCCCGGGGGUCCAUUCGGGGACCCGGAAAAGAACUUUAAGCCCAAGAGUUUGCGGUUCUGGUCGAUUAUGCUGUCGAAUUUUAUGGCGCUGUUCCUUGUCGCUCUGGAUCGAACGAUUAUCGCGACGGCGAUACCGCGCAUAACAGAUGAUUUUCAGAGUCUCGGUGAUAUCGGUUGGUAUGGAUCGGCGUACAUGCUUACCACGGCGGCGUCUCAGCUGUUGUUUGGGAGAAUAUUUAAGUUUUAUCACAUCAAGUGGACGUACUUGAUUGUCAUCGUAGUCUUCGAGGUUGGCUCGGUCAUUUGCGCAGCGGCGCCGACGUCUGCCGUGUUCAUUGCCGGGCGAGCGAUUGCUGGGUGGUGCUUUUGGAUCAACCUCCCCGUCGGCGGCGUCGCCCUCAUCGCCCUCUUCUUCUUCCUCGACAUCCCCCAACCCCCUCGUCCCCCCGCCUCCGUAAAGCAGCACAUCCUCCGCCUCGACCCGCUCGGCACCUUUUUCUUCCUGCCGGCCAUUGUCGCGCUUCUCCUCGCUCUCCAGUGGGGCGGUGCCAAGUACGAGUGGAAAGAUGCCCGCGUCGUGGCGUUACUGGUCGUCUUCGUCGUCAUGUUCAUCGGGUUCGCGACGGUGCAGGUUCUCAUGCCUGAUACGGCGACGGUGCCGUUAAGGAUUAUUCGGCAGAGGUCGAUGUUGGCGGGAGCUGGGUUUAUGGUAUUCCUUGCCGGCUCUAUGAUUUUGGCUAUUUACUACGUACCUCUCUGGUUCCAAGCCGUCCUCGGAGUCGACCCUGUCAAAUCAGGCAUCUACACCAUCCCCCUCGUCCUCUCCAUCGUAGUCUCCUCCAUAAUCUCCGGCGCAGCCACCCAAAAACUCGGCUACUACGUCCCCUCCAUGCUCCUCUGCCCCACCAUAAUGGCCGUAGGCGAAGGCCUCCUCUCCACUUUCACAGAGACCACCCCCUCCUCGCGCUGGAUCGCCUACCAAUUCCUCACGGGCUUCGGUCUCGGCUUCGGCAUGCAGACCGUCAACCUCGCCGUCCAAACCGUAUUCCCGCCCGAAGACGUCUCCACGGGCAUCGCCAUCAGCUUCUUCUCGCAGCAGCUCGGCUCCGCCGUCUUCGUCUCCGUCGGCCAGACGAUCCUGAAUAACUUGCUCGCGAGCCGGUUGCGGCACGUUCCUGGGCUGGACGGCGGCGGGCACGUUAUUGUCGAGAGCGGCGCGACGGAGCUGUUGGGGAAGGUGGAGGAGAGAUAUAGGCCGCUUGUGGUGGAGGCGUAUAAUUUUGCUUGUACGAGGGUGUUUUUGACGGGGACGGGGUUGGCGGUUGCGACGUUUCUUUGUGCUUUGGGGAUGCAGUGGAAGAGUAUUAAGAAGGGCCCGCCUGGGGGAGGGCCGGGAGGACCGGGGGGACCGAAGGGGGCUGAUGGCGGUCCGGAUAGUCCUCCUUCGUCUCCGCUGGCUGAAGUUUCUCCAGAGAUCCGGAUGCCUCCGACGAAAGAGAAGGCGGGCUUUCGGCUCUUCUCUAGGAAUCGAGAGGUGUAA